AUGUCCUCCAUGUGGAAACGAGGCCCAGUUAAGGUGAAGGGACAGGUCAUUCGUUUUCAGCGAUGGCGCCCAGAGUUUAGUAUUCACGAUGAUCAUACCCAAAAUAAAUUGGUGUGGAUUCACUAUUCUGAGCUACCUAUGGAAUAUUGGCAUGAGAGAAUUUUACUAUCAAUGGCCAAGGCAUUUGGACGCCCUGUGGAGAUAGAUCGUAGGACGAGGAACGCCACUAUGGGUAGCUAUGCGCGUAUCCUCGUAGAAGUGGAACUAGGGGGCUCUCGUGUGGAGGAGAUCCAGGUGGAGAGAAGGCAACCGAGGACAAACACUCUAUUCUGGUUUAAGCAGAGAAUCUUGUAUGAAGACGACAUUGGAAGAUGCUCGUUUUGCAAAAAACUGGGUCACUCUAUCACCCAAUGUAGGGAGACAAAGAGCAAGGAGAGGUCCGAUGAAGGAUUAAAGGGAGACGCAAAUGUGAAUCUGAAUCAAGGCUGUGUUGGCCGAACAGAGGAUGGGCGGCUCUCACUGGUGGCAAAUCCAGAUGCUUCUAGUGACAUUGGAAGGACUAAUUUGGAAGGAAAUAUUCCACCCCUUUUUUUAAAGGAAAAUACCAUAAACAAUGGAAAUCCUCCAAUGGGAGAUUCCCCUCCUAUUUUGGAAGGUCAACUGGAUAGAUAG